AUGAGUGAUAAAAUCCUCAAAAUUGUUGGUCGUUACAUCUACGAUAGUCGUGGUAAUCCAACCGUUGAAGUCGAUCUCUGGACAAGCAAAGGUCUUUUCCGUGCUGGUGUACCAUCAGGUGCUUCAACUGGUAUCUAUGAAGCCCUUGAAUUACGGGAUGGUGAUAAGGCAGUACAUAUGGGAAAAGGUGUUGAAAAAGCCGUAGCUAAUGUUCAAAUAUUAGGCAAAAUGAUUGUUGACAAAGGUUUCGAUGUCACACAACAAAAAGAAAUCGAUGAAUUUAUGCUUCAAGAAGAUGGUACAGAUAGUAAAAAGAAAUACGGUGCCAAUGCUAUUCUUGGUAUCUCAAUUGCUGUAUGCAAAGCUGGCGCUGCUCAUAGUAACGUACCUUUGUAUCAAUAUAUUGCUAAACUCUCAAACUCGACAAUUCGUCUCCCAGUACCCUCAUUCAACGUUAUCAAUGGUGGUAGCCAUGCUGGUAACAAACUUGCUAUGCAAGAAUUUAUGCUCUUACCAACUGGAGCUAAAACAUUCAAAGAAGCUAUGCGUAUGGGUUCUGAAGUUUAUCAUCAUUUGAAAAGCUUAAUCAAAGCUGAAUAUGGUCUUGAUGCAACAAAUGUUGGUGAUGAAGGUGGUUUCGCACCAAACAUUGAAAGUGCUGAAAAAGCACUUGAAAUUCUUGUCAAAGCCAUUGAUAAAGCUGGUUAUACAGGUUUAGUUAAAAUUGGUAUGGAUGUUGCAGCAAGUGAAUUCUUUGAUGAAGGUGCCAAAAAGUACGAUUUAAAUAAUAAACAACCAGGUCAACCACACUAUUUAUCAAGUGAAGAAUUAGUUGCUUAUUAUCUUUCACAAAUUUCAAAAUAUCCAAUUAUAUCAAUUGAAGAUGCUUUUGAACAAGAUGAUUGGGCUGGAUUUCAAACACUUCUUACUUCUGUUAAAGGCAAAAAUGUACAACUUGUUGGUGAUGAUUUGACCGUAACAAACGUCAAACGAAUCCAAACGGCUAUUGAGAAAAAUGCAUGCGAUUGUCUUUUACUUAAAGUUAAUCAAAUUGGUUCAGUUACUGAAGCUAUUUCUGCAUGUACCAUGGCUCGUGGUGCUGGUUGGGGUGUUAUGGUUAGUCAUCGUAGUGGCGAAACGGAAGAUACAUUUAUUGCUGAUCUUGUUGUUGGCUUAGGCACUGGACAGAUCAAAACUGGUGCCCCAUGUCGUUCUGAACGUUUAGCUAAAUACAAUCAAAUCUUACGUAUUGAAGAAGAACUCGGUAGCAAUGCUACUUAUGCUGGCGAAAAUGCUUUCAAUAAAAACUAG